AUGACAAGAUUUGAAGGUGUAUUGCAAAUGGUGAAAAUUGGAAUUGGUGGAAAUAAUGGAAAAAUUUACAAGCCUAAGGCUAUGUACACCUUAAAUAAGGAGGAAAUAAGAAACGUUUGUGCUUGGGUGAAACAAUUGAGAUUACCUAAUGGUUUUGUGUCGAACAUUUCUCGGUGUGUUAAUGAGAUUGAUUGCAAAUUUUAUGGGAUGAAAAGUCAUGAUUGUCAUAUUUUCUUGCAACGAUUGCUACCAAUUGUCUUGCGUGAUAUGGUGCCUCACUCAAUUUGGGAUGCGAUUACUGAGAUGUCUUACUUUUUUAGGGAUUUGUGCGCAAUUGAAAUACCUGUAGAUCAUAUGGAAACUUUGCAAGGAAAAAUAUGUGAAAUUAUUUGCAAACUAGAAAAGAUCUUUCCUCCCGGUUUCUUUAACUGUAUGGAGCACUUGCCUAUUCAUUUACUUUACAAGGCAAAGGUUGGUGGACCCGUCCAGUAUCGAUGGAUGUAUCCAUUUGAGAGGUUCUUGCAACAUUUGAAGAAGAAAGUUAAAAAUCGAGCAUCAGUUGAAGGAUCUAUAUGUGAGGCUUACAUUAUCAAGGAAAAAUCCUCGUUUUGCUCAUUGUAUUUUGAACCAGUUGUACGAACAAGAUUAAAUAAAGUGCCACAUAAUGAUGAUGAGGGAGAAGUUGACUCUUUAGGCCAUCUUUCAAUUUUCACUCAUCUUGGGCGAGCUUUUGGUCCAUUAGAUAAAUCUCAAUUUUUAGAUGAGGAUGAGUUUUAUGCUGCUGAGCUAUAUGUUUUAAUGAAUUGUGAAGAGAUGCUCCCAUAUAUAAAAAUAUUUAAUGACAUUGUAAAGGGAGAUGUUGUGCAUAUAUCAGAAGAUGAUUUGGAGAAAGCUGCAAAAUGUAAGGAUGAAAUUGACCCACGUUUACUUGAAAUCUCUUAUGGUCCAAGAUGUAUGAUAAGGUGUUACAAAGGAUACUUUGUAAAUGGUUUCAAGUUUCACACCCUAGAUUACGGCCAAAAUCGUAAGACAAUGAAUAGUGGGGUUUGCAUAAAAGGGAGUUUUUACAAUGAUUAUGAGCGUGAUUUUUAUAGUAUUUUAGUGGAUAUAAUCGAGUUGGAAUAUUUUGGUAUGGGAAACAGAGUUGUGCUAUUUAAGUGUCAUUGGUUUGACACUGAAAAAGCUAGGAGUAGAUUUCACAUUCAUAGUGGCGGAGAUAGAGAAAAUGACACUGAUUUGAGUGAAGAAGUAUACCAAGAAGCUGUGUCUACUUCAAUUACUGGUACUCCAUCGGAAGAACUUGGUGACUUUACAGUCUUAGCAAAUGAUGAUUAUGAAGAGGUUAAUCUCUUGAUUGCGGAUGAAGAAGAUGACAUGGAAGGAGAUGAAAAUGAAGAUGAAGAUCAAAUUGAAGACGACGAUUUUGAAACUUUUAAUGAUGAUAAUGAUAAUAAUGAAGAACAUGAGUUUGCUUAUUUUGGAAGUGAUUGA